AUGGGCGACUUGACAAUUGCUACGCUAUGUCAAGCACUUGCAAAUAUAACUAAUAAUCGUUGUAGUUUUAUUGAAAAAUUAAAUACAUGUCGAUGUUUUGAUGAUAUCAUGACUCAAAAACCAGUAACCGUUAUUAAUUCUGCACCUAACAUAAUGUUAAGUGAAGUAUUUUUAAUUUUUUUUGUUUUGGCAUUAUGGCUAUCAGCUAUUGGAUUUUGUUUAAAUCAAUAUAAAUCACUUCGUCGUCUUGAAACUCAAGUACAUUAUUGUGGUAAUCGAAAAGAUCCAUUAAAUAUUGGUGAUAUUAAAAUAGUUGCACGGGAACAAGAUUCAAUAAUAUAUCAUAAAAAACGUUAUUCAACUGUUAUUGAUACACAUAUUAAUCCUGAUGAUUUAAAAGCUAUGCAAUAUGUUACAGAAUAUUUACCAAAAAAUGUUUCAACAUUAGCACCACCCCCACCACCGCCAUCAUCACCAUCAUCAAUUAUGACAGGUCUUGUUAUCGGUCGAGAAGAUCUUACUGCUAAUAUACCUUUAUCAAUAACAUCAUCUAUAUUUAAUACAACAACAUCAUUACCAUCAACUCCUUAUACUCCAUUGACUACACAUAAUGAAAUAGCUGAAGAUCAACAAUCACCAUUAGAAUCUGCAUCAUCAUUUACAUCUUUUGUUUUAAUUGAAACAAAUGCUAAUAAAUCUAUUGGUCGUACAUCUUUUGCUCGUCUAACAGAAAGUGGUCAGGUAAAAACAGGUCUUACUGUUCCACGUCUUUCUGCAACAAACAGUUUACGUUCAUCUUGGAAUGAUACAUCUAUAUAUGAGACAAGUCGUUCUGCACAACAUUUAUCGGUACCAUCGAAUAGUCUUCGAUCGACUCGUUUUUCUGAUGGUAAUAUAGCUUUUGGUAUUCCUGGCGCUUCACAGACAACUUCAGAAAAUCAAGAUGAACAAUUACUUGAUCCUCGUCUUAUACCGAGAACAGUUCGUCGAAGUUUAUUAGCUUUACAUCGUGAAAGUCAUGAAAAUAUAAAUAUGCAACGUACGAAAGAAAAAACUCAAUCAGAAAAUGAUGUACA